AUGGUCGACGACUCAGCCUUGGCCGCUGCCGCGGCCAUAGUACAAUCACUCGCCGCCGAUGGUUCGACACCGAUGUCCCUACCCCUCAAGGCCGAUGCGCGAAUCGAGCUCCCCGGUCGUGAUACCCCGGCGAAGCGAAGCCUCGAGGCCGAGUUAGCCAAGCUGGCCCAGAGAAUCGAGAAGCUCGAGAACAGAGCCCACGCCUCCGUCGCUUUCCCGGAAACACCCAACGAGGUCCACGAUUCCCUUUUUGGCGACGACUCCGAGGGCACAUCGCCGUCAUCAUCAAAUAGCCGAUCCAUCCCCAGGCCAAAGUUCCAACGCGAAGGUACCGCCACAGACGACCCAAGCCUCGCAGACAGCCCGCUGACUGACGAAGCUUUGGAAAGCUUGCAAGAGAAGGUGCUUGACCAGGAGAAGGGGAUUUCUAGCGCGAGACAGGAAAUAAGCAGUGUCAGCGCCCAACUCCUCGAGCAGAAGGAACUGCAGGAGCAGGCCUUCUUCAAGAUCGAACAGGAGAGAGUCGCUACCUUGGAACGGGAACUAUGGAAACACCAAAAGGCAAACGAGGCUUUCCAAAAGGCCUUGCGCGAAAUCGGUGAGAUCGUUACAGCUGUCGCGCGUGGAGACCUUUCCAAGAAGGUCCGCAUGAACACUGUCGAAAUGGACCCGGAAAUCACCACCUUCAAACGGACAAUCAACACCAUGAUGGAUCAGCUACAGGUAUUCUCAAGCGAGGUCUCUCGCGUCGCCCGAGAGGUCGGAACCGAAGGCUUGCUCGGCGGCCAAGCCCGCAUCGAAGGUGUCGACGGUACAUGGAAAGAACUCACGGACAACGUCAACGUAAUGGCUCAAAAUCUCACGGAUCAAGUGCGCGAAAUCGCAUCGGUAACCACGGCUGUCGCUCACGGCGACUUGACUAAAAAGAUUGAACGCCCUGCCCGAGGAGAAAUUCUGCAACUGCAACAAACGAUCAACACUAUGGUGGACCAACUUCGAACAUUCGCAUCUGAAGUCACACGCGUCGCCCGCGACGUCGGAACUGAGGGUAUACUUGGCGGACAAGCUGACGUCGAAGGUGUGAAGGGCAUGUGGAACGAGUUAACGGUCAAUGUCAACGCGAUGGCAAAUAAUUUAACGACACAAGUGCGAGAUAUCAUCAAGGUGACGACUGCCGUCGCCAAGGGAGAUCUCACACAAAAGGUACAAGCGGAUUGCCGGGGCGAGAUUUUCGAUCUCAAGUCUACCAUCAACUCCAUGGUCAACCAACUUCAACAGUUUGCCCGGGAGGUCACCAAGAUUGCGAGAGAAGUCGGCACUGAGGGCCGACUCGGUGGCCAGGCCACCGUCCACGACGUUGAGGGAACUUGGAGAGACCUUACCGAGAACGUCAACGGUAUGGCCAUGAAUUUGACGACACAAGUGCGCGCCAUCGCCAAGGUUACCACCGCCGUCGCCAACGGUGAUCUUACGGAGAAAAUCAGAGUACCCGUACGCGGUGAGAUUCUCGAUCUCAAGAACACCAUCAACACCAUGGUUGACCGUCUCGGAACUUUCGCCUUUGAGGUCAGCAAGGUCGCCAGGGAAGUCGGCACCGACGGAACACUCGGCGGGCAAGCCCAAGUCGACAAUGUGGAAGGAAAAUGGAAGGAUCUCACCGAAAACGUCAAUACCAUGGCAUCGAAUCUCACAUUACAAGUCCGAAGCAUCUCCACUGUCACACAGGCCAUUGCGAACGGCGACAUGAGUCAGAAGAUCGAAGUUGAGGCCCAAGGAGAAAUCCGGGUCCUCAAGGAGACCAUAAACAACAUGGUCGACAGGCUGUCCAACUUCUGCAACGAGGUUCAGAGAGUGGCAAGAGACGUCGGCGUCGACGGCAAGAUGGGCGCUCAGGCAGAUCCUGCUGGAUUGAAGGGCCGCUGGCGUGAGAUCACAACGGACGUAAAUACCAUGGCUAGCAACCUGACGACCCAAGUGCGCGCCUUCUCGGACAUAACCAAUUUAGCCACAGACGGGGAUUUCACAAAACUCGUCGAAGUCGAAGCAUCAGGCGAGAUGGACGAGCUCAAACGAAAAAUCAACCAGAUGGUGUCGAAUCUACGGGAUAGUAUCCAGAGGAACACACAAGCUCGUGAGGCGGCAGAAUUGGCCAACAAGACGAAGUCCGAGUUCCUGGCAAAUAUGUCUCACGAAAUCCGCACACCCAUGAACGGUAUCAUCGGCAUGACGCAACUCACCCUGGACACAGACUUGACGCAGUACCAGCGAGAAAUGUUGAACAUCGUCAACAGUCUCGCCAAUAGUCUACUGACAAUCAUCGACGACAUCUUAGAUUUGUCCAAGAUCGAAGCUAGGAGAAUGGUCAUCGAGGAGAUCCCGUAUACUUUACGAGGAACCGUCUUCAAUGCCCUCAAGACUUUGGCUGUCAAGGCCAACGAGAAAUUCCUCGACCUCACGUACCGGGUCGACAGCUCUGUGCCUGAUCACGUCAUCGGAGAUUCUUUCCGUCUUAGGCAGAUCAUCUUGAACCUGGUUGGCAACGCCAUCAAGUUCACCGAGCACGGCGAAGUCAGUCUCACGAUCAAGAAGGCCGACCCGGCAGAGUGGAAGUGCAACCCCGACCAAUACGCCAUCGAAUUCAUCGUCACCGACACUGGUAUCGGCAUUGCCGCCGACAAACUCGACCUCAUCUUCGACACUUUCCAGCAAGCUGACGGAUCAAUGACCAGGAAAUUCGGCGGUACCGGACUCGGUUUGUCCAUUUCGAAGCGCCUAGUGAAGCUCAUGGGCGGCGACCUGUGGGUUAAGAGCCAACAUGGUCAGGGCUCUGAGUUUCACUUUACGUGUCGCGUUCGUUUGUCUGAUCUUGGUGUCGAGUCCAUCGAGAAGCAGAUCAAGCCGUACAAGGGUCACCAAGUUCUCUUUGUCGACAAAGCGCAGACGUCGUGCGGCCCGCAGAUUCGCGAGAUGCUCUACAAGAUCAGCUUGGUGCCUGUCGUGGUCCAGUCGGAGAAGGAUCCGGUGCUUACCGACAUCCGCGACGCCCAGGCGAUGCCCUACGAUGUUAUCAUCGUCGACUCGAUCGAUACGGCCAGACGGCUUAGGUCGGUGGAUGACUUCAAGUACCUGCCGAUCGUUCUCCUGGCACCGGUUGUGCACGUCAACCUCAAGUCUUGCCUGGACCUGGGUAUCACGUCCUACAUGACGACGCCUUGCACCGCUGUCGACUUGGGUAACGGUAUGAUCCCUGCUCUUGAAAACAGAGCGACGCCUUCUCUCGCGGACAACACCAGAUCUUUCGAUAUCCUACUCGCCGAAGACAACAGGGUCAACCAGAGGCUCGCCGUCAAGAUUCUCGAGAAGUACCACCACGUGGUCACCGUUGUGGGCAACGGUCUUGAAGCUGUCGAGGCAAUCAAGCGCAAGAAGUUUGAUGUCAUUCUCAUGGAUGUACAGAUGCCUAUCAUGGGCGGCUUUGAGGCAACUGGCAAGAUUCGUGAGUACGAGCGCAGCCUCGGCACGCAUCGUACCCCUAUCAUUGCCCUGACAGCCCACGCCAUGAUGGGUGAUCGUGAGAAGUGCAUCCAGGCCCAGAUGGACGAGUACCUGUCCAAGCCUCUGCAGCAGAACCAUCUCAUCCAGACUAUUCUCAAGUGUGCAACCCUCGGCGGUCAGUUACUUGAGAAGAACAGAGAGAGGGAUCUGGCUCAGCAGGUCAGGGUCAAGGCCAGCGGCAAUGAGCAGCCUCAGUCUCACCUGCGCCCACCCUUGGAGAGCCGGGCCUUCACUUCAAAAGAACCAAUGACGGGCCCUAGUCCAGCCAGCCCAGCUGCGGCCACCGCGGACCAGGAUGACCCCAUAACCAGGGCACGUAACGGCCUUUCCGACUCGCGCAGCCUAACAAGCUAA